AAACAAAGAUGGUUGAGCAUUCAGACCAAACAUCAAGCGACUCACAAUAUAUACAGUACAUAUAGGACGUACAGUGUACUCUCGGAAAAGCUAGUUGGAACCAAUACAAAUAGAAUAUAGAUAAACGUUAUAUGUGGACACUGCGCGAGGAUAUCAAAUGAGUUUUGGCGUUCUUUUGCCUUUCAAAUCUAAUGCAGAUUCAUGACAAUGUCAAUUUGUAUUGGACAAGAAAAGAACGCUUGAAAUGGGGAAUGAUACUGCUGAGUGGAACUUGUCUUGUUUAUGCAUCAAGAACAUCUGUUCCUCUCUUAGUGCCAAUAAUUGGAAAAGAAAGAGGAUGGAGCAAACCAGACUCUGGGAUAAUUCUCUCCAGCUUUUUCUGGGGCUACACAUUAACACAAGUGUUAGGUGGAUAUAUCAGUGAUAGAAUUGGUGGACAUCGUAUUAUGUGGAUCGCUGCUGUAGGUUGGGGUACCUCCACUUUCUUCUUACCUGAUAUUAUUAGAUAUUUUUCCAAAGACGAUUACUCUAUUCAGAUUAUAGCUUUUGCUAGAGUCAUCAAUGGAGCAUUUCAAGGAAUGCAUUUUCCUAGUAUGAUUAGCUUAACAAGUCAGAGACUGACCGAAUCAGAAAGGGCCUCAUUUUUUAGCCUAGUUACUUCAGGUUCUGCAUUGGGAACCCUUUUAACAGGAGUUCUAGGCUCUUAUGUAUUGGAGAAUUAUAAAUGGGACACUGUUUUCAGAGUCCUAGGGAUCAUAAGUGUCGCAUGGACAAUGAUUCUUAUUUACCAUUCAAUGUUAUUAAAUGGAAGACCUACAAUUAGUAAAUAUUCAUCCAGUAAUAGAUUGCCAAUAAGAGAGCUGAUAACAAAAGCACCUUUCUGGUCUUGUGUAAUUGGUCAUGCAUGUCAAAACAAUUGUUUUUUUAUUCUAUUAUCAUGGAUGCCUACAUACUUUCAUGACACAUUUCCAGAAGUUAAAAGUUGGAUCGUAAAUGUGAUGCCCUGGCUGGCUUCAAUACCAUCUAUAUUUGUAGGCAGAGCACUUUCUGAGAAGCUUAUAAAUACUGGUUAUUCUAUAACGGCCACACGUAAAAUUAUACAAACUACUUGUUUUGCUAUACAAUCCAUAAAUUUGCUCUUUAUAGCUACAACAGAUUCAGCUGAGAGAGCAAUUUUGUAUAUGACUUUAAUAAUUGCUGGAUCAGGGUUUCACAAUAGUGCAAUUGUUGUCAAUCCCUCGGAUUUAGCCCCAAAGCAUUCAGGCAGUGUUUUUGGUUUUAUGAAUACUGUUGGCUCAGUACCAGGAUUUCUGGGUGUAUACUUGGCUGGACAUAUUUUACACUUAACACACAGUUGGGCUGUUGUAUUUAUGUAUAUUUUCAUUGUAGAAAUAAUAGGAUGCUCUGUUUACCUUAUAUUUGGCUCUGGCAAAGCAAUCUUGUAAAUACCAGUAUUCCUUUUACAAAACAAAUUUAUUAAAGAGUCUUUGACAUAUAAGGUCCAUCUAAUUCAUAACCCAUUUUCCUGUAGUAAUUUCUAGUUCCAACUC